AGCCUGAGCUUCGGAGCCCGAACCUCGUAAUGCACAACACUAUAUAAGGGGACACACCGAGCGCUUUGCACGCUACUCCUUACCCUCAUCACGAGCCGAAAAGCUCGAAUCCCUGCAACAGCGCUUCCGCAUUCGGAGAUUUAGGGUUUUCAAAGACAAUGGCGGACGAAUCGGAGCACGCGCCGGCACCGGCGAGUGGCGAAUCUCUGCUCAAUAAGAUCGCCGAGAAGCUCCACGGCCACGAUUCUUCCUCCGAUUCCGAUUCAGAUUCCGGCAAAAAGGACACGUCAUCAUCGAUUAAGGACAAGGUAUUCCGCCUCUUCGGGAGAGAGAAACCCGUUCACUCCAUCCUCGGCGGCGGAAAACCUGCUGAUGUGCUAUUGUGGAGGAACAAGAAGAUAUCUGGUGGUGUACUUGGUGGAGCCACUGCUGUGUGGAUCUUUUUUGAGUUGCUUGAGUACCACCUGCUUACUCUAGUCUGUCACAUUUUGAUUCUAUUGCUUGCGGUUUUGUUUUUGUGGGCCAAUGCUCAUACCUUUAUUCACAAGGCACCGCCACACAUCCCACUUGUUCAGGUUCCUGAAGAACCAUUUCGCCAAGUUACAUCUGCAUUGAUAAUUGAACUCAACCGCGGAUUAGCUGCCUUGCGUGCAAUUGGUUCCGGAAGAGAUUUGAAGACAUUCCUCAUUGUCAUUGUUGGAACGUGGAUUCUAUCAAUUGUGGGGAGCUGGUGCAAUUUCUUGACCUUGUUCUACAUUGCUUUUGUAUUGUUGCACACGGUUCCUGUGUUGUAUGACAAGUAUGAGGACAAGAUAGACCCUCUAGCAGAGAAGGCGCUCAUUGAGUUUAAAAAGCAGUAUGCUGUGUUUGAUGCAAAGGUGUUGAGUAAGAUACCAAAAGGCCCCUUGAAAGGCAAGAAGAUAGCUUAGUGUCGAAGUAUUUGUACUCUCAAAACCAGAAAGGGGGCUCCACUAGAGUCUUUUUUAUUUGCUAGAGCCUCUUUUUUUCAAACCAUAUACCGAGCCAUGUUUUGGAAUUUCUUUUAGGCGGCAGGUAUGGUACUAAUGGGUUUUUACUUCAAGAUGUAGCUUUUAAUUUUGCUACAAGCAUGUCGAUUUUGCUGAUCACAAUGUUUGUUGGACUUGUACCCGUUCGAUCAUUAUUGUAAGCAAAAAAAUAUUUAUGGUGAUUGUCAACGUUUUAUUUA